GUUGUCCCAGUCUCCUGACCGACUGGUGGCGCUGCAGCGCAAAAUCAUCGGUGAAGACUUUAAAACCGGAAUUAAUCAGAUUUCAAAAUACAAUCCUCUUCAAGAAAAUGGCGGAAGUCGUGGAACUGCAUAAACUCAAGUUGGCUGAGCUGAAGCAGGAAUGUACUGCUCGUGGGCUGGAUGCCAAAGGAAAUAAAGCCGAUCUUAUUGCCCGGCUGCAAGCCUAUCUGGAAGAGCAUGAAGAUACUCAUACAGGUUUGGAACAACAAGAAGUGAAUGAAGAGGAAGUUCUGGGAGAAUAUGGUGAGGAGGCCUUUGCCAAAGAAGAGACCGAUUCCCAGAAGCAAGAGUUUACUCCUCCUGAAGAGGAGACUGAGAAAAAACUGGUCAAGGUAAACCCUCCUGCUACAGUUGGUGAGAGGCUUCAGAAGAGAGCAGAACGCUUCAAUAUUCCACCAAGUGGCGACAGCAAAAAGGCAGCACGAGCAGCAAGGUUUGGUCUGCAAGAACCUGAAGCUGUAUCAUCCAAAGGAACUUCAGCCAAAGUUAAUGUUGAUGUUGAGGUAUUAAAAAAGAGAGCAGAACGUUUUGGCUUGAAUGUCUCUUCAGUUUCUAAAAAGAUUGAGGAUGAUGAAAAGCUUAAGAAGAGGAAGGAGAGAUUUGGCGUUGUCACUAGUGCAGCAGCGUCUGGAGCCAAUGAUACAGAGGCAAAGAGGAAACGUGCUGAGCGCUUUGGAAAUGUAUAAAAAUGGAUCUUACCCUUUUAGUAUUUUUAUGAAUUUUUUUAAAGUGUUCUUUGCGAUUCAUUUUAUGAUUUAAGCUUGCAAUCCCUGUAGUGCCAUGGUUGUUUGUCUGCUAUUUACAUUAAAACUACCCCAAUUCCUUACUA